UACGAUUGCAUACAUUCACGCCAUACGAGCCAUACAGUGAUCAUCGCCUCAACCUCUUGUGGCCCAACAAAUGGCGCCAUUUCUAUAGACAUCGCGAAAGACAUAAACAAUACAUCCGUUGAGACGUCGCUUCCGGUGAAGAGUCCACUCAAUCCACUCAUUGUCUCGCAUUUGUGUCCAUCCAUUGGCAGCACUUGUCAUCACAACAACAACAACAGCCGCGCGGUGUUGACACUCGUGAGGGGCGCCCAACACCGCCCCCGACCCACACAUCGCACCUCCGCCGCCCGCCACCACCUCCUGAGCCAUGUUUUACUCGGUGUUCGUGUUGGGAAAGAAGGGGCCGUUAGCCAGGGUCUGGUUGGCCGCCCACUGGGACAAGAAGAUCACCAAAGCGCAGAUCCUCGAGACCAAUAUCGUCGAGAGUGUCGACUCCAUACUACAGCCUAAGGUGAAGCUGUCGCUGAGGACGUCCUCUCACCUGCUGUUGGGAAUCGUGCGGAUCUACGCCCGAAAGACGCUGUAUCUGCUGCAGGACUGUCAGGACGCGGCCUUUAAGAUAAAGAGUGCGUUCAGACCGGGAGCUGUCGAUCUGCCCGAUGGCAAGACUGAGGCGGCCAUCAGUGCCAUCACUCUGCCAGAGAUGUUGGACUUCAUCAACGACUUUGAUCUCAUCGCUGAGCCGCCGAUGCAAAUGGAACCGCCGGCCACCAGCGCUAACAUACGAAACAUAACACUAGUGGAGGACAUCUCCAGCCUUCACGUGGACGACCCGCUCAUGCAGGACGUGAGGGAGUGGUCGGACAUGUCGUCGGUUCACGCCAACGAUGGCGGCAUUAACCUGAAGGAGACACCGGUUUUGGGCAAAAGUGGCGCCAAAACGGGAAUCGAUUUGUUCGACAGGCCGGCGCUCGACGAUGGCUUCGGCGGCGAACUCGGCGUCGGUAUCAUCGACGACGACGACAUGUUCGGCCUCCCGGUGCCGCCCGAAGCGCUCGAGCAGCUCGACCCGCACCACGAAGUGCCCGAACAGCAGCCCAAGAGUGUGCAACGGCCCGACUCAGCCAUGUCUGACCGCAGCGACAGUAUGUCGUACGGAGCGCCGGCGUCAAUGGCACCCUCGGGUCCGCCGUCAACGCCCGGUUCGGUGCCGCCGCUGCCCGACGACGACGAGGAGAUGCCGUUCGCGGCGGCGCCCGCGCCGGUCGUACAGCAGCAGUCGUUCGACGCGCUGGAGGGCAUCCGACGGGACAGUACGCUCGACCCCAAGCUGUCCGACAUUCACGACACGAUGGUGUUGGAGCCGCUGGAGGGCCAGGGGCUGGAGAGGCGUCGCAAACGGCGCAAGAAGUUAGGAAUGCUUAUCGACGAAGUGAAGACACUGUCCGGCGAGGAGAUGAAGGCCCAGCUCUCGGACACCGGCGACAUCAUGACGACAUUGGAUUUGGCGCCGCCCUCCAAGAAGUUGAUGCACUGGAAGCGCACCGGCACCAGCGAUAAGAUGUUCGCACUGCCCGAACGGUUGAUGCCCUGCGCCCGACUACUGGUGCUCUACUCGCGCCACUUGACCACCACUCGCAUCGAAGUGGAUAUGGAGGACCAGUUGCCGGAGGGCGAGCUCAUGAACGGACACGAUAUGCCGCCACCGCUGCCCGAGUUGGACGAUUUGGAGGAGCAGUUGCCGCAACUGUCGCCCAUCGCUGAGGACCUACAGCCGCCCAAAACCCCGAAGACUCCCUCCUAUACGCGAACGCCGCCUAAAAAGAAGCGCAAAACAGAGGACCGGAAGCACAAAGACAAGGAGGCCGUCAACAAUCACAUCACUCGCGAUGAGACACCAGACUCGCGGCUGAAGGACGUGUCGUCGCUGCAGAACAUUCGCGCCGGCAGUCUGGCGACGAGCGAACAGCCCUUCCAACACACGUUCGACACGUUUCAGGAGGAGGACGACGACGACGACAUGUACGGCGCGCCCAUGUCUGUGGGACCGCCGGAGCCCAUGUUUGAGGGCGAGACGGAGGAGCAGUUCGAGGAGCGGAUAACCAAACGGCGCACAGAUAUACUGUUGAGGUAUAUGGUAACCCAGUUAGAGGAGGGGCCCCUCCUGUUCACCAAUUUGGUCAAACAUAACCGGAGGAAACAGGUCGCACAGAAGUUCUUCUCAUUAUUAGUCCUUAAGAAACAACAGGCAAUAGAGUUAACGCAAAACGCGGACAUCCCAUACGCCGAGAUAUACAUAGAAAAGGGUGGGCGCUAUGAGGAGGCGCUGCUCUCAUCGUCUGUAUCUUAA